AUGGUGGGCCAGGGGAUCUACCUGUACGGAUCAGUGGGGAGUGGCAAAACGAUGGUGAUGGAUCUUGCCUUCAACACAAUUGAGGAGCUGGGCCUUGUGCCCAAGAUGAGGCGAGUGCACUUCAACCGGGCUCUGGAUGAGCUGCAUCAGCGCAUGCACAAACUGGAGAGCGCGCGCAUGCAGCUCAGUGCCCAGCAGAUGGAUGAGUUUGCCCAGUCUGUCGCCAUGCAGGAGAGGCAGAGCGGGGCCGCAGCUGAUGCUCCUAGCUUGGAGGAUCCAAUGGCACGGAAGCAGAAGGCCCUGCAGCAGGUCAAACUGGCCAUACGCCGUGUGCGCUCCCAGAUGGGGGCGAAGCGGAAGCUGGGUGAUUCUCCCAUUGGGAACGCCCUGAUCCUUUCCAAGGCUGGCCUCUCCCUGAUCAAGGGGAGCACUAAUGUUGAUCUGGGCUGGGAAGACACUCCAAGGAGAGCAUCACUCCUCUGCUUCGAUGAGAUGCAGAUCGAUGACCCCUUCACAGCUGUGGCUUUGAAGGGGGUUAUGGAGGCGCUCAUGGAUUUUGGGACGGUGAUUGUGUGCACCAGCAACAGCUCGCCUUAUGACCUCAAUCGGCACGGCGUGCACGAGGACCUCUUCAGUCAAUUUACAGAGCGCCUCCUGAAGGCCUGCACACCUGUGGAGCUCUCUGCCGAAGAGGACUAUCGCCUUGCUUUUGCUACACAGAGUGGGCAAGGGGAGUGGUCACCCAGCAAGAAUUACCUGUAUCCCCUUGGACGGUCCACCUCGCAGCAGGUUGAAGAGGUGUGGUCUAGGCUGAUGGCAGAGGAAGGCUGCAGCCAGGAGCAAGAAGUAAAUCUGCCUGUUCUGUUCGGCCGCACAUUGCAGGUGAGGCUGGCGGCCAACAGUGUUGCUCGAUUCCAUUUUGACGAUCUGUGCAGCGAGACGUUGGGGCCAGCGGAUUACUUUGCUGUCGCCAAUGCUUUCAGAGCUGUGCUGGUAACAGAUGUUCCCGACUUCUCGUUGCAGAUGAGAGACCGCGCGCGGCGAUUCAUCAGCCUUGUGGAUGAACUGUACAAUGCAAGGACACAACUGAUUGUCAGUGCUGAGUGCGCUCCCCAUCUCCUGUUCAAGCGGCCAGGGGAUGCACCAAUCCUGGAUCUGGAGAGCCUCCAAUUUGAGACGGCUGUUGAAGGUUCAAGGCUGCGCAGAGACCUGAUGAGCGAUGGCAGUGUUGCUCCCCUGGGAGACUCAUCGCGGUCCCUGGGGUCUGCCACCAUGCAGCAGAGCGGGCUCACAGAGAAAUUUGCGUUUGCACGCGCCGUCUCCCGUCUCUACGAGCUGACAAGCCCAGAAUUUCAGACGGCGGCGAGAUGUUGA